AGACACCGAGGAGGAACUCACUACUACUGCAGUCAGUCAGAAACCAUGGCAGAGGAAGUAAGACACAUCUUUGGGAAUAGCACGUUUUUCAAUGGGCUUCUACCCCUCCUCGGACUUCUAUUGAGCGUAUGCACCGGUGUGUGGGCCAACAAGGUGGUGGUUCCUGAGCAGGUGACGGCAGUGCUGGGGAAAAACGUUACUUUGACCUGUAGGGUGGAGGUCAGCACAGACCUCAGCCUGACCCAGAGUUCCUGGGAACGCCGGCUGCCCUCCGGCACCGUCACUUUGGCUGUCUUCAACCCCCAGUAUGGGACUUCCAUAGCUGAGGAGUACAGGAGACGGGUGCACUUCAUCAAGCCUUCAAUGCAUGAUGUGUCCAUUGUCCUGGAAGGCAUGAGUUUUGCCGACAUUGGGACCUACACUUGUAAAGUGGUCACCUUCCAACUUGGAAACAUGCAGGCAUCUACAACUGUGGACAUUAUGGUGGAGCCAAAGGUCUAUGUAUCUCCUGGCUCCUUGUCUCUGACGGCUGGAGAUGGUGAAACACUGGUGGCGACAUGUACAGCUGAAAGGGGUCGCCCGGCGGCAGAAGUGUUCUGGGAAUCAGACCUACCGGGUCAGACAUCAGUCGUCUCGCAGAAGGAGCCUGAAGGCACUACCACCACUUUAGUACACUACAUCUUGGCCCCCACCCAGGAUGCAUUUGGCCGUUCUCUCAGCUGCGUUGUUCGUCACCCAGCCCUAUCCAAAGAUUUCCGCAUUCCCUACAAGAUCAAUGUGUUUUUUGCUCCAGAUAUUACCGUGAUGGGCCAGGAGGAUGUAUGGUAUGUGGGACAAAAAAAUGUACAGCUGGAUUGUAGAGCCAGUGCCAACCCACCUGCUCUGUUGUACCUCUGGACCAGGCUGGACGCACCAAUGCCUGCAGGUGUGGACACAUCUAAUGGCAGCCUACUGUUUACUCGUCCUUUAAAGUCGAGCGACUCUGGACAAUACAGGUGUGAAGUUCAGAAUGAUGUUGGGCAGAGCUUUCAGGAUGUACGCUUCUUGGUACUAGAGCCGCCCCCGACCACUGCAGCCCCCACCACCACCACCACCACCACCAAGUCCAUCCUGCCUGGCACCGGCUUAACCAUCACAGCUUCUAUCAAUCGGCGUGCCCACUUCACCUCCCCGACUCAGGCCUCUCCGCCGGACAGCAGCCUGGGCACUAUUGUGGGCGGUGCUGUCGGUGGCAUCCUGAUCCUGGUGUUGCUGAUGGCACUGGCGGGAGCUUUCUACAUGCGUCAACGCCGAACAUUCAGAGGAGACUACUACACCAAGCAGUACAUCGGCCCAUCAGACAUGCAAAAAGAGUCUCAACUGGAUGUACUUCAACCCCAUGAGCUUCACGACGUGUACGGAGACGACUCGGGCAAUGGCAGCCAGGACUUGAAGCCCAAACCAGAAGGAGACAUUAUCUACCCCGAUUAUCCCAAUGAUCACAAAGACAUGGAGGCCUGGAGUGACAAUCUCAGCCUUAAGAGAGAGGACACGUAUUACUCCGACCACCACAACCAUCAUAACGUGAACCCCAGCGGGCCGCCUCUACACAACGGCUCCCCUUACCUGCAGGACGAGUGCUACGACAAUGGCACAGACAGCGACUACGUGUCUCACGUGGAUGGAUCUGUGAUUUCACGCAGGGAAUGGUAUGUUUGAAAAGGCAGGGGAACUUUUACUGGACAACAAUAAUUUAAAAGUCGGCAGAGGAAGUGUUAUAUAACUCAGCAGAGUGAGAUAAAGUGUACAUUUAAAAUGUCUUCUCCAAACUCGGUUUACGAUUUCACCCUCACGUUUUACGCGUAGCAAACGGCUGAUUUACUGCAGAUAUGUUCUGAAUGUGUUUCGUUCGGUGGACUGCUGUGACUUCAGGAUGUAAAGGGAGAGGUUUACAUGGUUUAUGAUCAUAGGGUGGAUUUACACAAAGAAAACAAGUCUGCUAAAAUUAAGCUACACUGUGUGCGUAACCAUUCCCGUUACCACAUUGCACAUAACUGUUAGCUUUAAAACCAGGUGCAGCGUAUUCUUAGUUCUUUCCUUUCUUUGUUAUUAUUGAAUACAAAUGACUUCUCCAAUGUAGGAGCAAAACAUCACUUUAGUUUCACAUGAAGAGUCACAGAAACUGACCUUGAACGUCUUGAGUUUUAUGUUUUGAAUGCAGGGAAUUUGAUUUUCAUUUUUUCAGUAUCAGUAUUUUGGUCUAUUUUUUUUUUUUAGGAAAAAUGUCAUCAAAAUAAGAUUUUUUUUUGAGAAGCAAAAAUAUUUCAUAAAGAAUAUUUAAAUAUUACAUUUGGUGUUCCGUAGAAGAAGAUUUGUAUAGUUUUUUGUCGGUGUUAUUAAUAUUGAUUUUAGCAUGAAUCAAAUUUACAAAAGAAUUAACAUCAUUCAAGAUGUAUUGUGUAAAUUUUACUUCUCAGAUAAAUAAUCAUAUAAUUAAUAUAUUAAUAUUGUAAUAAAUACAAAUAUCUUUAUUCUGUUUAUGAUAUUUUUUGCUUUUCAAGAAAAUGCAUAUUAUUGUAAAGAAUAUUCCCAAAUGUACUUUUGGUGUUUCAUGAAAGAAAGUUAAAACAAGAAAAAAAAAUGCCAAUAAAUAAAUUCAAUACCUAUCAUUCUAAUUUUGCUUCUCAGCUAAAUGUAUUAAAUAUAUUCAUGUUAUAUUAUGAUAAUUUAUAUAAUUAGAACCUUCAAACAUUACUUUUGAUGUUACAUGGAAGAAAGUUUUGAUUGUUUUCCUGUUUUAAUCAUUAACAAUUUUUUAGCUAAAUUUAAUCUAUUAAGAUCUGUAAAUAUUUUUACUGAAAAAAUGACAAAAAUACUGAUUAGCAAACUUUUUUUGCUGUAUAUGCAUAAAAAUACAGCAUGUUUCUCUCAACUCAACACAUGCAGUUUGAUUUUAGCCCAGCUUGUCUAUAUUUGGACAUAUUUCAUCACACACCCCUCUUACGGCAGUGUCUUUUUCAUUAAUGGAUAUGUUAGAGAGCAAAGGAAGAGUCUGCUUCAUGUGGUUGUGCUGAGGACCUGUCACAGGCUGAUGGGGGGUUGACGUUCGCCAUGACAGAUCAAAAGGACCACGGUCGGCCCCUGAGGUUUUUACCGAAGCCUUGUGGCCUUUGCCAAUUUAGUUCACUCCUUUUAAUUUUAUGCUGAUUUCUUUUUUUUCUCUCCAUCUCUCCACCCUUGAUACUCAUACACUCCCAUUUCGGUGUCGGGAGCUUCUGAUUUCCCAGAAUAACCCGUCUGGCGCACAGCAGACGUGCCGUAUGGGCUUCCUCUAGCCUGCUUUACCUCAAAGAUCGAACUUUGUAAUUAAUAUUUUCUGCUCUCUUGCAAACAGACCUUGUUUCAUUCCAUCUUAGAGUUGUGCUGAGCAUCUGUUCGCAAGCACGCAAGGUUGUUUUUCUCCUUAAGUCUCAAUGGUCACACGUUGCAUGCCUUUUGAAAAAGAUAUGACAGUUGCUAACGCCUGAGUUCAUUGUUCAUAAAUCAGCUGCAGUGUUGCUACAGCUGUGGUGUAGCCUGUUUCGAGUUUAGGACAACAAAUUGGGCUGCUUUUCAUCUGGGGCCGUAAUCUGUAUCAUUAAUUAUAAAAAACAUAGUAUUGACACUUCUUAAAAAGAAUCUCGAGUCUAGUAUUUUCAUUAUUUUAAUUGGCUUUUUUCUCAUUUCAUUCAGAAAUUAUUUUUAAACUCUAAAAAUUCUUGACUCUUGCAUGCUUGUUUAAUGCAACACAAUUUCAUGAAGUUAUAAAAAUGGCUGGCAGUUGGCGGUUUGGUUAUAAGGUUAAAUUUCUAGCUUUCUCCUUAUAUAUUUACAAGCAUAGUGCCUUUGGACGCAUCAGAUAAAAGCAUCGGAUAUUUAUUUUUUCACCAUUCAAUGACAGGGUUUUGUCUUCUGUAAUCCCGAAUUGUUAUUUGUGUUUCCCACAAUUACUGUAUUUUCAGAUUUUUUUUUGCCUUUCUUUAACAAGAUGACUCUUGGUGCAAACUCACUGGAAAUUUACAACAGUAGCACUUGCAAGUGUUACAGAGGCCAGUCGUGGUAUAUAAUAUUUUUUUUUUUGUACAUAUUCUGGCAGGAAAUAUUUGUCUAUGGAAUAAACAUAUUUUUAUAUGAGGCCAGAACAUUAAGCAGAGGAUGUUCAUGCUUAGUUAACGUGCUUUUUAUCUUCUCAUGUUAAUUUUUUUUAUAUAUAUUUAGUUCUCAGGAGUUUGAAAAAUUAUUUUGUACAUAUUAGAGUUAUACAAAUGAUUGAGGACUUGUUAAUCAUUUUGGAAAUGAGGGACAGACAUUGCUUUGUUUUUGAUGCCUUCUGUUUAUAAUAAAAAAAGUUCUCUUGAA